AUGAAGAAAAGCAACCAAAGCAGACGGGGCUUCCAGGACUCCGGUCCGCUGGUGGUCCAGCAGCCGGAGAAGGUGGGCUGGAUCCGGAAGUUCUGCGGCCGAGGCAUUUUCAGGGAGCUGUGGCGGAGCCGUUAUGUGGUGCUGAAGGGAGAUCACCUCUACAUCUCAGACAAGGAGGUUAAAGAUGAGCGCAAAGCCCAGGAAGUGUUUGACCUGGCUGACUAUGAACGUUCAGAGGAGCUGAGGAAGGCGAAGAGUCGGAGCAAAAAAAACCACAGUCGCUUCACGCUGCUGCGCUGCAAGCAGCGAGGAAACACAGUUCCUAAUCUGGUGUUUCUGGCGGUGAGUCCGGAGGAGAAGGAGUCCUGGAUCAACACCCUGAAUGUGGCCAUAAUCAAGGCCAAGAACAGAGUCUUAGAUGAGGUGACCAUUGAGGAGGAUAGUGCUCUGGAUCAUCUCACCAGAGACCGAGUGAAGAUCCCUCACAGCCGCCGGCUGCCGACCAGAGGACACCUCAUGGCCGUGGCCUCCACAUCCUCCCAUGGCAUGCUGACCCUUGACCUGGUCGCAGAGGAGGAUGGAUUCUGCCUUGACUAUGAUGACGACGAAUCCUGGGAGGACAGCUUCCGGGUCGACCUGCAGAAAGAGGCCUCCGAAGGGGGGGUCGGGGGCCGUCAACGAGCUGGUACUGAUGUUUCAAAGCUGCGGGUGACAUCCAAAGAGCCCAAAGUGAAGACAGGUAGCCUACCAAGAGGGAGUGAGCGCUCCUGGGGUAAACAGUCCCACCUGGAGCCCUCCAAAGUCCAUAAGAACCAGCAAGUCCAGGUACUUCAAGCUCAGUCUCGAACGCCGCAGCCUGGCAAGAGGUUCAGCAUGCAGGGUCGGAGUCGCUGCGCCUCCAUGGAUGAAGUCCUCUCCUCCAGACCGGCAAUGAUUCGGUCAGAGUUUCGUUCGGCUCUUCGUCGCUGUCCAACCGAAGAGGAGGCAGGCAGCGGGACUUCCACCCAGCCUGUCGGCCAGCUGCAGAGCCUCAUCGCUCAGAGGAUGCAGAGAGCUCAGGAGCUGCUGGAGGAAAUGAGGCUGCAGGAGCUGCAGAAGGCCAAAGCUGAGAGAGAACGAGGAGGCAGCUCGACGUACCUGAAGGGCAUCAACUCCCCUCGACUUCACCACCUCAGGGGCUCAGACUCUCCGCAUUCCAGCAGGUCAUCAGGAUCUUCAAGGAGUAGGAGCAGCGACUCGCCUCGUCUCCGGGGCAAAGACUCACCUCGACUGAGAGGAAGAGAGUCUCCUCGAUCCAAAGCUAAGAAGAACCGCUCCAAAGCCACCGACUCGCCUCGCUCCAAAAGAUCUCACUCUCCUGCAGCCAAAGCCGCAGACUCUCCUCGCCUGAAAGAUUCUCCUCAUCUGAGUGGCUCUCCUCAAUCAAAGAGCUCCGACACACCAAAACUCAAGGCAUCAUCAGACGCCAACUCCAACAGAAAGGAUCACUCUCCUCCACAGAAGACCUCUGAAACUCCUCCAUCCUUGAAUAGAUCCAACUCCUGUCAGGUGGAAGGAACUGAUUCAUUGCAGAGCAGUGAAACUGACUCCCCUCAUCUAGGCGGCAUUAAGGACACUCAACAGAAUCAAAACUCCCCAGGUCUGUCCAGAUCCUUCGAUUCCUCUCUGUCCAGAACCCCCGACCAACAAUGCCUGUCUCCUCCUCUUGUGCCGCCCGAAGAGGAGCUGGAAGUGGAGAGACGGCGCGCUGAGGCUGAGCGGCUCCUGGAGGAGGCGGUAUCGUCCUGGAAAGAGGCGCAGGAAGUCCUCCAGGAGGUAAAGGAGCUGCAGAGCCAGACGCUGAGGCGGCAGCGCAGGAGGACCUAUGAGAAGAUGACAACAUCGGCUGCAGCAGCUUUACAGCCUGCGGCGACCGCAGCUGCAGAGGAGGACGACACUCCUGCCUCCCCAACGUCACCGGAGGACGACGAUGAAUCCGAGACCCCCUGAUGAGAAAACAAAAUCUGUUCCUCACGUUGGUGUUUGCUCAUGGAACGUGGCGGCAUUACUCUGCAUGCUUAUGCACAAAAAAACUAAGAAGGUUUACACAAUUUCUACAUUUUUGAUCGCAUUUCCGUAAAGAUUUCCCAAUUUUUAUAAAUCAGGGCAACAGGAUGCCUGUGACGAUGCACUGUGGAUUAUUUAAAAACCAGGGAUACGUUUUGUUCCAGGAGAUUUUGUGACUUUAAUCCUGCCUAGCGCUCUGCUCUGUCACCAAGCAGAAACCCACUCGGGAGACCUCCAUCUGUGGCAGGAGCUUCACAUUUAUUCUUAAUUAAUGCGGCUUUAAUGGAGAGGAGCUCCCCUUCAUCUUCUUUAAUGAUGCUGCACGGUUUUCUUCUUUGUCUCUUUUUGCAGAAAGUGAAGAGAAAAUCCUCUCUGUUCAUUUCAAAACCAAGAUGUCAAACCUUUUUAUGAUGAAUUCACUGAAGAGCACAAAAUUUAAUUUUUAUAUUUACAAGAAGCAAAACAGGCUUCAGGUUUCUGCACUGAUUUAGAGCUUUGACCAGUUUGUUUGCUGAUAUAUUUAAUCAAGUCUUCUUUGUAGCAUUUAAAAAAAAAAAAGUCUUCAAAAUUGCUUGACCUGAUUUAGUUGUAGCUUAAUGAAGAGUAGAUCUUCUUAAGUUUCCUUCACACCUGUUGUUGAUUUUCAUACAAUCACAGUCUUGUCAAGAUUCAGCCAAAAUCAGGGAGUUAAAGUUGUAAAAGAUUAGCAAAAAAAAACAAAAACAAUAAGCAAUAAUAACUAAUUUCUUUAGUCUUUUUUGAAAUUUUAGGGUGAAACAAAGCCUCACACCAGCUCCGAUAUUAUAAACUCUGCACUAUGGACUCAACUUCUUUGUAACAAUAUCACUGCAACCAGUUUACUGUGUGGUGAAAGACAUUUGUUCAUGUGAUGCUGUGUGGCUGAAAUUAGGAUUUUAUUUGCACAGAUGUUGAAUAUUUGAAGCUGAUUUAAAAAAAAAAAACAAUGUUUUUUUAUUUUUUAUUAAAACCUUGUAGAAAUUUUGAUUAAAAAAAAUGAUCAAAAGAUAAUUAACAAAUAUGGUUCCAUAAAAUAAAAGAUCAUCAAACAAAUUUAAUAUCAGGCAAAAAUAUACUGAGUUAAUGCAAACCGCAGUUUUCAAAUGCUGAUUUUAUUUAUUAAGGGAAGAAAGAUAUCCAAACUAAUCCGGCCCUAUGGGAAAAUGUGAAGCUGGCUGUGAGUCUUGGAGGAAUAUUGGUCCAUUCUCAUUUGCAAAAUUAUUUUAUUUCAGCCAAAUUUGAGGGUUGUUUAAUAUUAAUUACUUUUUCGUCCUAUUCGGAUUUAAGCUUUGACUAGGUCAUUCCAAAACCUUAAUUUUGUUUUUUUGACCAAAAUUCACCUGAUCCCAAGGUCACAAACUCAGCAUUUCAGCGUUUUUCUUCAGGACUUCAGGUAGAGAGCAGAAUUCAUGGUUUUAGUAUUUACAGCAAGUUGUCCAGGUCCUGAUGAAACAAAGCAGACCCAGACCAUCACACUACCACCACCGUGUUUGACUUUAGGUAAGUUCCUUUUUCUAAAAUGAUCUGGCAUAAAAUAGUUUUAUGCCAGAUGUAAAACGUGACGCACGCCUCUCCCCUGGACGCCAUUUGUGCCCAGUCUCUUUUUCUUAUUGUCAAAUUAUAAACCCUGACCUUAACGUCAGCAAGUAAGGUCUUGAGUGCUUUAGAUGUUGUUCUGGGAUCUUUUCUGACAUCCUGAAUGAGUCACUGAUGACCUCUUGGAGUACAUUUGUCACUCCUGGGAAAGUUCACCACUGUAUCUUGUUUUCUUUAUUUGUGGAUAAUGUUUCUCACUGUGGUUCACUGGACUCCCAGAGCCUUACAAAUGGCUUUGUAACUCUUUCCGGACUGAUAGAUGUGAGUGACUUUGUUUCUCAUCUGUUCUUAAAUUACUUUAGAUUAGGGUAUGACGUGUUUGUUUUUGAGAUCUUUUAGCCUACUUCGUGUCAUUAGACAGGUUCCGUUUAUGUGAAGUCUUGAUUGUACAGGUGUGUAGAUGUACAGUAGCUUGUAAAACUGAACUCAGACGUCCUCCAAAUGGGGUUAAUCGAAAUGAAUUCAUUCAACAAAGGAGAAGUUACUUUUUCCAAAAGGUGCCAAUUAGGUUUGGAUAACUUUUUCCCCUUAAUAAAUAAAAUAAUCAUUUGAAAAUAUGUUUAAGUGUAACAAAAAAGCAAAACCAGAAAAAGAAACAGUAUUGGGGCAAAUACUUUUUCACAAAAGUACGCAUCUAAACACAGACCUUACAAAUUUACAGCCACAGAAAGCUGAUCCAUAAAUGCAUUACAGGUAUAAUACACAAUGUGUUUUUUAGACAUACAUGACAGAAUGUGUUCACCACCUAUGCACUUAGAAGCAUCACGCAUCAUGCAUGAUUAAACCUUAGAUGGAGC